AUGGAGGAUAUCCUUGAGGUUUUUAAGCAAGUCAAAGUAAACAUUCCUCUCCUAGAUGCAAUCAAACAAGUCUCCACUUAUGCUAAGUUUUUGAAGGAUCUCUGUACUCAAAAGAGGAAAUGUAAAACCAAUGUAUCGAAAAAGGUCCUUCUCACUGAGCAAGUGAGCUCAGUGUUCCAAUCAAUUGCUCCUCCAAAGUUACAAGAUCCAGGCAUCCCUACUAUUUCCAUAGGAAUAGGGAACCAUGUCAUUGAGCGAGCAUUGCUAGACUUAGGGGCUAGUGUUAAUUUGAUACCUUACUCGGCGUACGAACAAUUGGGGCUUGGGGAGUUGAAACCCACGUCAGUCACCCUUCAGUUAGCAGACCGAUUCAUUAAGGUGCCGCGUGGGGUAGUUGAGGACGUUCUUGUCAAGGUUAACGAUUUUUAUUUUCCAGCGGAUUUUAUAGUACUUGACACGGAACCGGUGCAAAUCCUUAAAAAGCAAACUCCCAUCAUUCUUGGUCGCCCAUUCUUAGCAACGGCCAAUGCUAAUAUUCACGUGAGGAGUGGGGAGAUGGAGGUGACUUUUGGGAAUAUGACCCUUAAGUUGAAUGUGUACAACACUGCAAAACACCACUCCAAUGAUGAGGUACAUCCACCUCUCACUGUUAAUGAUGUGUCUAAGGUGAGUGAGGUUGACUCCGAGGUUCCAAUUUUGUUUGAUGAUGUUCCACUUAUGACUAGCCCUCCUUCAAAAAAUGAUUUAAAGUUGCCAUCUCAUUUGCUUUCUAUCACACCAUUAGGUCCGUGUAGUGCGCACUCACCGGAAUUAGCAUGGAGACUUCCUUUGGUCUCGGCAGCGUGUUCACGUGCAAAGUUGGAUUGUAAUGCUUUGUUGAAUGAUGGUUUUUGGAGUGAUUGA